AUGUUAUUUAGUUCAGAGUUAUCUUCUCGAAAGUCUUCGUCAGUGACUCAUUUGAUUCUAUUAUUCUUUACUAUAUAUUCUAUUCCGAUUAAAUUAAUUCAUGGGAGUUGUGAACCAGCUCGAUUUGUAAUUAUAUGUACCAAUGAAUUCCCAUCAAGUUCAUUUCUAAAUAAUUUAACUGGUAAAUAUGAACUGAUUAUAAACAGUGUAAAAACUAAACUAGACGUUAAAUCAUUUGAAAAAUAUCAAGGUGCACAAAUUAAACGUUUACAAAUCGAAAAAUCCACGAUUUAUUCAAUUGAACCGAAAUUUUUUAAUAUAUUUAGUCGUAAUAGUCUAGAACGUUUAUCAUUGAGUAAUGUCGAUGGUCCGUAUCGUUUGGAUGCUCAAUCUUUAGCUGGUCUAAGUGAAAAAUUAAAUACAUUGCGUAUUAAUGAUCAUGCAUUAGAUAACAUUGAUGAUUUUGUUAUAUUAAAUAAAUUAACACGAUUAUAUCUUGUUCGAACACAUUUAACACAAUUACCAAAUAAUUUUAAACAAUUGUUAACACAUUUAGAAGACAUUAACUUAUCUGAAAACUUAUUAACUUAUAUACCAUGGAAAGAACUAGCUGAACGUAUACAAAAUGAUCAAUUUUUAAAAAUUCAACUAGGUAAAAAUUUAUGGAAUUGCGAUUGUAGUGUAAAACCAUUAAUCGAAUUGAAACCCGAAGCGAAAGCUAAAAUUUAUGAAUUUCGUUGUCAUGCCCCGGAAAACUUGAAAUCUCGCGAACUGACUGAAUUAACAGUUGAUGAUAUAUGUAAAGAAGAAUUAAGUCAAUCAGUGAUACCAUCGGAAGAUUUAUCAUCAAAUUAUAAUAUCGGUGUAUUCGAUCAGUACCAACCAACUGGACAAGACAAUAGUAAUCAACAACAAAAUGGCGAUUUCGGUGAAACAUCUGGUCGUCAUGAUUUGAAACCAGUCAAUGCAGAUGGUAAUGAACAACAAUUGGCCACUGCUGGUAGUAGUGGUAUUUCCACUGAAAUGAUCAUUGUAAUUUGUGUUGUCAUAGCAUGUAUUAUUGUUAUCAUUAUAAGUUUAAUUGUUUAUUCGUCACGUAAACGUGCACAACGUAGAAAACAACAAGAGAGAAAUCUUGGUGUUUCACAUAAAACAAAUUCAUAUUGUGCUGUCAUUGAACAUAAUCCAUCAAGUCGUACACCAAGUGAAAAACAAGCCACUUCUCAAUCAUCAUAUAAUAAUUAUUCUCGUGGUAUUUCACAGCCAGAGAAGGAACCUUUAGCUCAUGGCUAUGGUAAUUAUCGAGAUGGACGUUUGUAA